AUGCCACCCAACCGUCUCAUCCUCUGUCGUCCCUUUCUGCCAUCAGUCUUUCCCAGCAUCAGGGUCUUUUCCAAGGAGUUGGCUCUUUGUGUAAGAUGGCCAGAGUAUUGGAACUUCAGCUUCAGCAUCAGUCAUUCCAAUGAAUAUUCAGCCAAAUCCCCCAGAAUUCUGGACUGUGUCCUUCAAUUUCUCUUUGUGUUUUAUGGGACAUUGUUUGAAGUAUCAUUUCUUAAUAUCCUUCUGUUCAACUUCACUGUUCAGAGUCUUCUCCAACACCACAGUCCAAAAGCAUCAAUUCAAUGCUCAGUCUUCUUAUGA